GUGGUUCCACUUCCCAGUCACCUCUUCCCCCGACUCUUCUUCUAGUCGCUCCGGUAAGCCCCUAUCGAGGUGACUCUCGACGGACGCGCCUGCAGAUUCUGUGGGAGUCCCACUCUAUCACUAUCUCUCCAGCACCAUGGCGACAGAGGCUGAGACACGACAGAGGCUGUUACGUACUGUCAAGAAAGAGGUAAAGCAGAUAAUGGAAGAGGCAGUGACACGCAAGUUUGUUCAUGAAGACAGCAGCCACAUUAUCUCAUUCUGUGCUGCAGUUGAAGCCUGUGUAUUACAUGGACUAAAACGGCGGGCAGCGGGUUUUCUGCGCAGUAACAAGAUUGCUGCCCUCUUCAUGAAAGUGGGGAAGAGCUUUCCACUGGCCGAGGAACUGUGCAGGAAAGCACAAGAGCUUGAACAGAUCAUAGAGACCAAGAGGAAUCAAAUACCUAUAUCGCAGGAAAGUGCACGAAAGGUGCAAAAGCUUCCUAACCUUUCUCCACAGGCCAUUAAACACUUGUGGAUUCGCACUGCUCUCUUUGAAAAAGUCCUCGACAAGAUUGUUCAUUACCUGGUAGAGAACAGCAGUAAAUACUAUGAAAAAGAGGCAGUGUUAAUGGACCCUGUUGAUGGACCCAUCUUAGCAUCACUGUUAGUGGGACCAUGUGCUUUGGAAUACACCAAAAUGAAGACUGCAGAUCACUUUUGGACAGACCCAUCUGCAGAUGAGUUAGUCCAGAGACAUCGGAUACAUAGUGCACAUUGUCGCCAGGAUUCUCCUACCAAAAGGCCUGCUCUUUGUAUUCAGAAGAGACAUUCAAGUGGCAGUAUGGAUGACCGACCCUCCCUGUCUGCCAGAGAUUAUGUGGAGUCCUUGCAUCAGAACUCUAGAGCCACGCUUCUUUAUGGCAAGAACAAUGUGCUUGUACAACCAAGAGAUGACAUGGAAGCCAUUCCGGGAUAUCUGUCGCUUCAUCAAACUGCUGAUAUUAUGACCCUCAAGUGGACUCCAAAUCAGCUGAUGAAUGGGUCUGUUGGAGACUUAGACUUUGAAAAAAGUGUUUAUUGGGAUUAUGCCAUGACCAUACGUCUCACAGAGAUUGUUUAUCUCCACUGUCAUCAGCAGGUGGAUAGUGGUGGUACAGUGGUAUUAGUGAGCCAGGAUGGAAUCCAAAGACCCCCACUGCGUUUUCCUAAAGGAGGGCACCUCCUCCAAUUUCUGUCCUGUCUGGAAAAUGGGUUGCUGCCUCAUGGACAACUUGAUCCUCCGCUUUGGUCUCAGCGUGGAAAGGGGAAGGUGUUCCCAAAACUUCGAAAGAGAAGUCCUCAGGGAUCCUCAGAGUCUGUUUCAGACAAGGAGGAUGAUGAAGCGACAGACUAUGUGUUUAGGAUCCUGUUUCCAGGCAGUGAAUCUGAAUUUGUUACCAUUGCUGCUCAUCAUCAUCAUCAUCACCACUUCUCUAAUUCACUUAUCCCUAUCUCCCAUUCCUUCUUCUUGACUUUCUGGAGACUGUUCCAAAGGACAGCAUGCACUGAACGGACUGUUGUCAUCCCAAAACGUCACUUUAAUUUCUCAACCUGGGUAUCUUUUGAUGUGGACAAGAUAAAGAUUACACAGGAACUUCUUGACCAAGCAGCCUCUAUCUGGCACCCCACAACAAGGAAAUCUUCUUGCUCUUCAUGUUCUCAAAGUGGUUCUUCUGAUGGAGGGCCUCCUAAUGGCUGCAAUCAUGAGCGGGCCCCUCUGAAGAUGCUUUGUGACAACAUGAAGUAUCAGAUUAUCUCAAGAGCUUUUUAUGGAUGGCUUGCAUACUGUAGGCAUUUGUCUACUGUACGCACUCAUCUCUCAGCACUCGUAAACCCCAUCAUUGUGGACCCCAGUAUUCCUCAUGAAGCCAGUGGAGGUCUGACAGCAGAUAUAUGGCAAAAAUAUCUGCAGGAUAACAUGGCUUAUGAAGAACCAGAGCUUCUGCGGCUAGUCUACUAUGGGGGUGUGGAGCCCACUAUUCGACGGCAGGUGUGGCCCUUCCUGUUAGGCCACUAUCAUUUUGGGAUGACUGAGAAGGACAGGAGAGAGGUAGAUGACCAAGUGAGGGCAUGCUAUGAACAGACUAUGAGUGAGUGGUUGGGCUGUGAAGCCAUUGUGCGGCAGCGGGAAAAAGAACAGCAUGCUGUUGCUCUCGCCAAGUGUUCGUCAGGUGCCAGCCUAGACAGCCAGAUCCAGAAGAUGAUGCACCAUGAUUCAACUGUCAGCAAUGAGUCUUCCCUGAGCUGUAGCUCUGGCAGGCAAAGCCACCCUCGUCUACAGAGUGACUCCAGUAGCAGCACACAGGUAUUUGAAUCUGUGGAAGAGAUUGAGCAAAUGGAAGUGGAGGUGAAAGUUGAAGAUACCAAGCAUACAGUCAAAAUCCCUAAUGGGACCAUAUUGAAUGGAAGCUACUCUCCUGAUUCUGGACAUCCUUCCUCCCGCAACUUCUCAAUCACUUCUGGAUUUUCUGAGCACAGCUUCAGUACUGAGGACAAUGUGGGAACAGACUCUGCAGUGAAAAUGAGUGAAGAGCAGCCAGCAGAAACGCCACAGCAGCAACCAGGCCUUGGUCUUUGCAAGAAAACUGAAAGCACAGAGAACAGACAGACAGUUCAUGUUGAGGAGAUUGAAGGAUGUAUUAAAACAGCAUCUGAGGUGCUUCUGCCAGAGAAUCCUAAUCCAAUAAUAAUCCCUAUGUGUUUAGGAGACCAGCAUUUAGUUAUUGAAACUGGCAUGGAAGAUACAGUCUCUCUUCAGAUGGAAACCCUCCCAAUGCUGGAGAUGCAAGUUGACACUGAGGCUGUGAAGCAAAGUUUUGUAAGCAGUGAAGAUGCACUUUCAGAGGAACCAGAAAUGGAAAGUCUCUUCCCCCAGUUUGAUUCUCUUGUGGUUGAAGGAGAAAACAAACCUGAAGCAGCUUCCCCCGUCUCUUCUAUUGGGGUCACUUAUUCACAGGAGAUGCUGGAUAUGUAUACAGUGAAUCUUCACCGUAUUGAGAAGGAUGUCCAAAGGUGUGAUAGAAGUUACUGGUUCUUCACUCCAGCCAAUUUGGAGAAACUGAGAAACAUUAUGUGCAGUUACAUAUGGCAGCAUCUGGAGAUUGGCUAUGUCCAAGGCAUGUGUGAUUUGCUAGCACCCUUGCUUGUAAUUCUCGAUGAUGAAGCGAUGGCUUUCAGCUGCUUCUCAGAGCUGAUGAAGAGGAUGAACCAGAAUUUUCCUCAUGGAGGAGCAAUGGAUACUCAUUUUGCUAACAUGCGCUCCCUUAUCCAGAUAUUGGAUUCAGAGCUUUUUGAAUUGAUGCAUCAGAAUGGAGAUUAUACACAUUUCUAUUUUUGUUACCGUUGGUUUCUGCUGGAUUUCAAGCGAGAGCUGGUCUAUGAUGACGUUUUUUCUGUCUGGGAGACAAUCUGGGCAGCAAAGCAUGUUUCAUCCAGCCACUUUGUUCUCUUCAUUGCCCUGGCUAUGGUGGAGCUGUAUCGAGACAUCAUAUUGGAGAACAACAUGGACUUCACAGACAUUAUAAAGUUUUUUAAUGAGAUGGCUGAACACCACAACACCAAGCAAAUACUGAAGCUGGCACGUGAUCUGGUGUACAAAGUGCAAACCCUCAUUGAGAACAAGUGAGGACAGUGAUGGUGGUAUUCGAAGGCUGGUUAUAGUGCUGCUUCUGUGCUCACCAUCCAGGCAUCCACCCUUUACAGCUGUGUUCCUCAGUAAGCCAUGUCUCACACUGGUAGAAUGGGUUGGAGGGGACUGAAAACAAGCCAUUAUCUUUCUGAUCUAAUUGCCAUUUUGUCAUCAUGAGAACAUUAUCAUUACAAAAAAGAAACUUAGUGAGGCCUUAUUUCAUUCAUCUUAAUUGCAGCUUUCCGCCUCUGGCAAAGUAAUUAGUUGUGUGUACUGUGGGUGGAGUGCUUAAGCAGAUUUCUUAUUUAAAUUGUCUGUUUCAAAUGGCUUCCAAUUUUACAAGAGAAAAAGAAAACAUUGUGGCUUCCUUGUCAGCCAAAAUAAGUGUAGUUUUAUAAAAAUGGAACAACGUAGUAUGAUAUUGCACGUAACAGCGAUACUUUUACUCUUAACAUGCAGCCAUAUCACUUCUGAUGUGGUUUUGACAGACACUGUGUAGAAUUUCCAAAAAAGCCGAGUUCUUGGAAGAUUUAAAUUUCAUAGCGAAACUAAUAACCUUGAUAUUUUAAAAUAAGAAUCUUUAUAUGAGAAGAUAUGUUUGCUAUACUCAAAGCAGAGAAAGACAAUGUGCCAAAAAAUUAAAACAUAAACACUGUAAGAGACCACUGAGUCAGUAGUUACUCAUUUAAAGAUUAAAAUGCCUAAACGUGAUAUAGAAAAUAUUAAAAGUAAUAUACACAUCUAGAAAAGUGUUUCAUGUGUCAGACCAAGCAUAUAAAUAACCAUUCCUAAAAAUGGUUUUAUAAAUAACCAUUCCUUCCUAAAAUUGUACUUACUCCUGUAAGACCUGGUCCUCCACUGACUGUCAUGAAUGUCAGGUCUUAGUCAUCAUGGAAGUGCUUACAAAAAUGCAUUUACUAACUGUCAUUCGCCAUUCAUACUUAUAUUGCAAGUUUAAAAAGAAUACUGUCUUGUUCUAAAAAUGAAUCUUAUUUUUAUAGUACUUUAAUCAAGAAAAAAGAAAAAUAACAGUCAGUUUCUAAACAAUUUCUGUUAUCAUUUACUUUUAUAAUUGCUAGUGAUAUUUGGAUAAAGCUGGUGAACACAUCUAAUAUCUGUGCAACUUUCGGAGUUCCCAGAAACCCUGAGUUGUACUAAGUGAGUAAUAAAAAAGAUAAAAAUUUGUUAUUUAGCUGAUGUUUUUCCAGGGAAAAGGUUUCACUUUUCACUUCAGCUAUCAUCUGGAAAACUGUUUUUUUGUUAAGAAAUAAAGGGUUCCUCCGUUAUUUUAUAUUUGCUCUCUGUAUAUGUUAAAGACACUGCGUGUCCCUUAGUUAGUUUGACAAGCACUGCUUCAGGUGCGGUGUCAUGCACGCCAGAUUAGCAGCUUGACCAGACCUUGGAAAAGUGAUGAAAACAAAAGCAUACCCUGAAAUUAAAACUGAAAACAAUUACCCUACCCUUUCAGUUUCAGUAUUGCACCAUCAAGGUAGAACUUACAUAAGAUACUUAAAAUAAUGGAGUAUAUUUGAAUGUAAUAUGAUUAACUACUUGCCGAGAUGGCCAAAUAUUUUUCCAUUGUGUUUUAAAAAAAUUAUUAUUAGUUUGGCCCAGGUUGCUACAACUGUUUUUUUAUCUUGAAUCUGCUUACCAUUAUGCCCCUUGAAUGUGUUGUUUAUUGUAUUGAUCAAAGAAUUCUGUUGUAUUAACUUUAUCAACACCUUUGACUUAAACUUCCAUCCAUCCAUUAUCCAGCCCGCUAUAUUCUAACUACAGGGUCACGGGGGUCUGCUGGAGCCAAUCCCAGCCAACACAGGGAGCAAGGCAGUAAAAAAACCGGGUGUCAGCCCACCACAGUGAUUUAAAUUUGAUAAUCUGAAUUAGGUCUUUAUGCAUCUUAAUAGCCAAGGCAUAAGGCACAAAAUACAAUAAUUAAUUCUAACAUGACAUAGUUUCUAGCACUAGCUGAUUUGGGGUUCAACUAAAUAUAUGUAGGAAAGCAUAUCAAUGGAUUUUCAAUUCUGGGUAUUUUGUUUACUCUCUUGAUUUUGAUCUGGUGAGUAAGCAUUGAAGAUCAUUUAUUUGUAAUGAUUGUUUUCAUGGCCUUUGAUGUUCUCAGUUUUUCCUGCUUUACUGUCUAGCAUUUUGCACUUUAUGUGUGCCUUGGAAUGUUUUGCCAAUUGCACCAGAGGUAAAACUCCUAUGUGUACUAAUUCUGUAUUUAGCAAUUUAUAAAAUGUAUACUUUUAUUUUACCAGAGAAAUUAUAACAGUGUUGUGCACUUGCACUCAGUUAUGGGCACUAUAGAAAAAUAAACUGAAUUGAACAGAAUAUUUUAAUUCCUAAAUCAAUAUUAAAUUUGCAUAGCACAUUCCAUAAGGUGCACUAUUGUAAAGUACUUACCAUAUACUUCAAAAAUAAAAGGAAAACAAUACUUUGUACUGAAGUUAAAUAUAGUGAAGACAACUUAUUUGAUUAUGAAAAAGGUAGCAUAUGCCAGAAGAAAAAUAUAAACAGUGAUACAGUCACCAGGCAUGUUUCCACAGUUUUGGAAAGACAAAGAUUUAUUAGACACUUUUGCGCAUUUGUUUGGCAGCACACUGUGCAGUAAUCGGAUCUCUUCUAUGUUUUUAAUUCACUUAAAAUCUAAUAGACCUAAUUUAAGCUUCAUCCAUCCAUUGUGUGUACCUUAAUUUUAUAGCCUGGGUCAUAAGCAACCUAGGCCUCUACUCCAUCAUAAGGAAAAUUCAUCCUUCUGCACAAAACUGUAUUAAUAAACAAUGAAGUCCUCAUUCAUUAAAAACAAAUUUAAA